CAGGAAGUUAAAACCCGGAAGUUGUUAUUGAGCGUCUUCACACUGGAGGAAAUAAAAAAUGGCGGAGCGCGGAUACAGUUUCUCUCUUACUACUUUUAGCCCUUCUGGGAAACUGGUACAGAUUGAAUAUGCCUUGGCGGCUGUGGCAGCUGGUGCACCUUCUGUAGGAAUCAAAGCAUCCAAUGGUGUGGUGCUUGCAACAGAAAAGAAGCAAAAAUCCAUACUUUAUGAUGAGCAGAGCGUCCACAAAGUCGAACCAAUAACUAAAAAUAUUGGCAUGGUCUACAGCGGGAUGGGUCCUGACUACAGGGUUAUGGUCCGGAGAGCCAGAAAACUGGCCCAGCAGUACUUCCUGGUUUACCAGGAGCCCAUUCCUACAGGUCAGCUAGUGCAGAGGGUGGCCUCAGUCAUGCAGGAAUACACACAGUCAGGGGGUGUACGACCAUUCGGUGUGUCUCUGCUUAUCGCCGGUUGGGAUGAGGACAGACCGUAUCUCUUUCAGUCAGAUCCUUCGGGUGCGUACUUCGCAUGGAAAGCCACGGCAAUAGGAAAGAAUUAUGUGAACGGAAAGACGUUCCUCGAAAAAAGAUACAACGAGGACCUGGAACUUGAAGACGCCAUACACACAGCGAUCCUGACCUUAAAGGAAAGUUUUGAGGGACAAAUGACCGAAGAAAACAUUGAAGUGGGCAUCUGUAAUGAAGCUGGAUUCCGAAGACUGUCACCUGCUGAAGUGAAGGAUUAUCUUGCAGCAAUCGUAUAAAAAUCCUGCAGCUGUUCAGAAGUGUGCUUGUUCUUUUCCCAUUAAAAAACAACAAAACUACACUUUUAUAAUUCUGACUAACAGCAUUUUUAUUAUUUGUAUAUCUUCUCUGCUUUGUACAAGACCACGAGCAAUAAACCGAUAAAUGUUACCACUCA